UUUGGACCGAACGGAGAAAGCUCCCAGUCUCUCUAUCUCUGCCUGUCUGUUUGCUUGCUAGACGGCUCGCUGUUGUGGGUGGAAUUCUGCCCAAAGUGGAGUAUUGAAGCUUGAAGUUUUUGUUUCCGAUUUUUUAUUUCUUUGUGUGGGGCAACCUACACCGGGAGUCCGUUCUCCACCUCCACCUGUGUGAUAUUCCAGAAAGUGUAAGCACAACAGUGUUUUGUGAAUUUCGGGCGGUUUGGUCGGUCCAUUUGCUGGCGACGCUGCUGACGACGCCAUCGACGACGCCACCGCUGACGCCUCCUUCGUUUGCAGUUUCAGCUGCUGCAGGUUUGUGUUUGGUUGCGUGCGAGGGGUUGGAACGUGUUUUGUGCCGGGUGAUGCAGAGCUUCCGGCGUUUUCUGGUGUGCUAAACCGAUUCGGUGGAGACGCACUGUCAUUUGUAUUCCGGAUCGUUGCACAGGUGUGCAUUUCCGGUGCAAAGGGCACAGUUUGUAGAGCCUCCAUCUCAACGACGAAAAAAAAAAAGAUUUCUGCACUGGCGGCUGACCGUUACAGUGUUUGGGUGAAAUCUGUGCAAGUGGUGUAAAAUAUGCGUGAAGCCGUGACCCGAGCAGUGGCACGAAAAUAAGUGCGGGGGCGUUCGGUUUGCGGAACCCGAGUGCUUGUAGUCGUAGUGAAAAAGUAAAAACAAACACGCAAAAACGGAAGCUCUCCAUUCCAGGCAGAGCAGUGAUUUUCGGUCAUCGGUCGGAAGCACACAGGAGGAUUAAAUUCCCAUCCGAGGCUGUGGAUUUUUCGCUCGGACAAGUGCUUUUAUCCCCGCAGUUCUUUUUUAACAUAAGCCAAAAGUAUCUACUGUUAGGCGCCGUGGGGGGCGCAGUUUAGGGGAAGUGAGAGUGGACCAAUGGGCGUCAUUUAUUGAAGCUCGGUACCAUUCAUUUUCACUGAGCUUUCUUCCAUUAUAUCUACGGUCCCGUGAUCCUACCCGAGGGUGCUCAAACAAUAACAACCGUAAAAAAUCACCGCUGUUGACGUCGUCAUCGUCGUCGCCGUCGCCGUCGUUUUAGGCGACGUCUGAUGUUAUCGGUAAGCAGGAGCAGCACAAGAAGAAGAAAAACAAAAGUUCCCGAUCCUAAUGACGAUGAAUUUCGGUGAAGCAUUUUGAGGAUUUCACUUGGCCUUUUAUUUCCUCCGGUGUCUCUCCUGGACUAACGGAUAGACGGACCGAGAAGGAAGAAAGGACACGGACCAAACAACGUCAGAGCUGUUGACCGUCAGGCAAGAAGUACUCUUGGUGUAAGUUUACGAGCGUUACCGGAUAAUUCCGGGCGAAGCAACUUAAUACCCAUCGCAAAAAGUCAUUUCAUCAAACGCUUUAAGUGCUCAGCCGAACAAAACCAAAAACCCGAGGCAGAUUACAACCCAAUAGCUUCUUCUUCAGAGUGAGAAGUCGAAACAAACAAUAAAAUUCAUAAUAAAAAUAAAGGUUCCAUCUUGUAGUAAUGCUGUUUCAGUGGUUUUAGGAAACAAUCCACCAAAUUUUGACAGAAUGGAUGUCCCCAAAUGUGUUAAACUUCAACCGAUGAUGACGGUUGAAGAAAUUAAGUGAAACGGGCCAAAUUCCGACGGCAACAGUGAAAAUUGCUGAAAGUUGGCUCAUUCAAUCCUUAAAAGGAAAAAAAAAAACGAACGCCUAUUCUUUAGUGAAAGUGUUCAACGGGAUUUGUGAUUUUGUCUUAGAAGCUAGGAAAAAAAACGGGAGCUUUCAAAAUGAAACAAUUUUCCUUCGAAGCAAUUUGGCAGCUCCUGCUGCUCGCCAACGUACUAGCCGUUUGCUGCUUCCAGGAAACUGCUGCUGCUCCGAAAACAGACGAUGAUCCACAAUCUCAAGAGGAACGGACACAUGCUUCUAGCAAGCAGCAACUGCCGAAACAUCGCCACCGGUGGGCCAACAGCAACAACAAUAAUGGAAACGACGAAAGCCGGCAGGAUGGUGGCCGCGAUGGGAGUUUCACAGGUGGCGCCACUACAGGGGAGGACGGCGAACUGGAAAAUUUUAUUGCACUAGCGCCGGACGAAGCGGAUAUUUAUAACUUUUCCAACAAUCUCAUCAACGCAGUAGAUAGCGCCGUUGCCGCGGCCGCCGCUACUGGAGGAUCCGAUGGUCCGGCUAGACCCGGAUCCAGACGAGGCACCACCGCCGCAGAUGCAAAUGAAGCGAAUCCGUUUAAUGAAUUUCUUAAUCCCCGCCAACAUGAGCAGCAGUCGCAACCAGAAAUUCCCCCGGAAAUGGAUGACGAUGAAGCUGAGGGAGGGACAAACGGUGGGGGCGACGACGGCAACCAGAAGGUUCUAGAUCCGUGGGGUUUCGAUGAAGCAUUGGAUGAACAACUUCCAGCGCCCGAGGAACAACAACAGCAAGCGGCGCCACCACAGGAAGAACCGGAUACGUCCAUGGGAAACGAAAUCGGGAAGAGCCCAUCGGAACAGCAACAGCAGAGCCCCCUGGUGGCUAGCAGUGUCGAUUUUCUCAACUCCAUCGACGGUGGCUAUCUGCUGUCCAACGGGAUUAUCGACGAGAAGGGCAGAAAGCUGAUGGAUGAAAACGAGCCAUCGACGCUGAAACCGGAGGGCGGGGCGGCUGUCGAGGAGGGCGAGCAAGUAAACGAUGAUGACAUCCUGGAGCAGAUGCAGAAGAAAGCCAAAUCCUAUCGGCUGAAGCUGUACAAGAAGCAUAAAAAUUUCAAGCACAGCCACCAUCAUCGGGGCGGUUACUAUCAUCCGAUGUACCAGCAGCAUCACCAUCAUCAGUAUUAUCGGCAGAAAAUGCUGGAACGGGAACGUGACCGCUGGAAGCAAAUCCACGACCAGCAGCAGCUCAAAUCCGGUUACCAAGGCAAGAUACGGUAUUUUGAUAGCUCGAAUAAACUGGAGACCAAAGAUGACAUUAAAGCUCAUCUGGAUGGGUACUCCAGCCGGGAACAGCAAUGGCCCCAUUUUGAGACGGUAAUGAAUUCGUUGAAUAAAGAACAGCAACAGGAUAAUGUUCCUCCUUACAUAAAAAAGUACAACCGCCGUAACAAGCAGCUGAUUGAUUUGCUAGAGGGAACUAUCGCGCCGUUAUCGGAUUACAGCCAACGACAUCACGAGAGAAAGUACCAUCGUAGAAAAAAUCCUCACUGGAUGGAGGAGGAUUUGUUCGAGGAACAACGCCCCAGCCCGAAUAAUCUCGGAAUGCAGCGAAACUAUAUCCAGGAAACGAUCCAAUCAUCAACGGCCCACUCUAAUGCCCUCCCGGGUGAAGGAAUCCAUAUUAUAUACGAGAAAAAACAUAACAACGACGAUGACCACGACUAUGGCCAUGCUACCACCAGUAUGGAUCCGAAUCACCCGUACAAACUUUCCUCCCGGGCUGGCCAGUUUGUGUACCAUCGCGUUGCCUCGCCUCAACCCAUCGGAGCCGGCUAUGGACGUUUAAAGCGCCAGCGGCUGCCCUUCGUGGCCAUCACCGACCGCCGGCUGGGCUCCCCACCCAAGCGCCGACCGAACGCCGUCAGCGGAAGCAGCAGUAGUGGUGCCGCCACCAACAUCGGCAGCAACUCAGGCAGCAACAAUCUUCUGAAUCACCAACCGAUGCCUUAACUCUAAGCAGAUCAUCUCCCGGUACACAGAUAACAACAACAACAACAACCAAAUCAAGAACACCGCGCAAUUUCUGUGCACACCAACCAGACACAAACACAAACUAAACUAAACCCUCAGAGAGUUUGCACAUCUAUGGUGGAUACUUUGAUUUUUAUUCUUGUUGUUUUCAAUCCUACCUAUGGCGACCGUGACAACACCUUUGUAUUGCGCUGAUAUUAAUUUAUAAGAAAUACUUUGGAGCUUCGAUUAUAUUUUUUCUAUCUCUAUCAAAAUAAGUCAUUCGAAAUCAAAAAUGUUUUUUUUUAUUUCAAUCAUUCUUUUUUUCUCAUUUUAACAGUACCACCAUAAAUGGAAGGACCUCUUAGAAGUUGUUCAAGCUAUGGGUGAAAGCUUUUCCGAAUCAGAAUAACGAAUUGAAAGGAAUGUUGGCAAGUCAUUUUCUGGAAUAUAUCCCACGAAAAAAAACUUUCCCUGUCAGUUCUAAAAAGCGAAUCACACGAACCGGAAAAGGGACAUCCACAGUUUGCCCAACGAUCCGCGAUGUUUGACGAGAUGCAGAUACAAAUACCGGGUCUGGUAUCUUAAACAUGUCACCCUUCCUCUCAAUCUCACUCACUCUCGUUCAAUCUCAAACUCGUGCAUCGCGUUCAAGGCAGCUGAAUUCUUCCUAGAAGAUAAACACUUCUAGAAGAAAUUUUCUUUCGUUUCGUUUACAAAUGCUAGUAGAGUUUCUCUUAAAAAAGUAAACAAAAAAAUAAAUUAAAAAAUUUAAAAACAAAUGUUAGAAUAAUACUACUCAUAGCUCUGUACGGCUUGUAUUCUAGAAGUUCGGAUCGGUUAAACUUCUCGAUUCAAUACAAAGUUGGGGUGACUCUGGUUCAGCGAUAGCACCUGAUAGCGCUAAACCGAGCAGCUUCUUGGAAGUUCAAUCGAUUUUACCAUCAGAAAAUAAAUAAAAGAAUAAGAAAAACACCGCCGCUAAUGUUAUUUGAUGAAAAAUAAGGCUCUCUCUAUAUAUAAAAAGCAUACAAACAAACAGCCCUAACAGCAAAGCUAUUUGGCGCCAAUUUAGAGGAGACAAGAUAAGAAAAAUACAAACAAUUAAAUGACAAUAAAUUUUCUUAUAAGCCACAACAAAGGAGAUCAUCAAUAAAGAAGCAGAGAAAAACGCUACACAAAAGACACUCACAUACUCAAAAGCACUGAAAACAGUAAGUAUCAACUUCUUUCCGUUUUUGCUUACGCUGCACUGUGAAAGCACACAAUGAAAAGUGCUUCAAAUUGCCAAGAUUAAAUUGUUAUCAUGAAAACACACACAAUGCAGGAAGGGCAACGUGCUUGAGGAAAAGAAAAAUGGCGCACCAGAGGAGAACUUCUUGGCUCAAUUUACCCUCUUUCAUCUUCCUCAUACAAUAGUUAAGAUUGACUCGUCCCGAUGUGGAGCUACGCCACAACAAUAUCUGCAGGAUGGAGUGUAAAUCAGCCAAUCGAUGACGAUGAAGUGUUACAAUGUUACAGCUUCUGGAAUAUCCUUUCAAUUUUCUGAAUUAUCGAAUGCAGCACAAAGCCUUCAUACACGCAAAAUAAUCUGCACGUCGUUUUCAUCCAAUUGGUUUUCUCGUAGCUUUUACCAAAAAAAACAUGUAAAAGCACCUCAAUAAGAAUUCGUGCUUCAUGAAUGUUAAGUGAGCUCAACGCAAUAUUACGAUGAAGUAAAACGUAUGAUAAUUUUGGUUCGGAAAUGAAAUUUGAGUCAGUUAAAUCUUUUUCUUUUUUUUUUUUCGUUGUAACACGGAAGUAUUUCCAACAAUAAUCCACUUAUAUUCAAUCAUAUAUCUGAUUGAUUCUCGACCAACCAUAAAUAUUAAGCUUUCCACUAUUUGUAAAUGAUUAUCUGUUUGUUUUUCUGCAUUCAAUUAUACAUAUAAUACAUUCAACUAUAUGUGUAUGAUUGAUUUAAUACAUUCAACAAGAAAUAAAAUAGAUUCAACUAUAAUCGUAUGAUUGACCUUCUGCAUUCAACAAUAAGUAUGGUACAACUAUAAGGGUAUAGUUGAUUUAACUACAGAUAUAAUAGAUUCAAUUAUAUUUUUAGAUUUGAUUUUGAAAGGCCAACAAUAGAUAUUGUAGAUACAACUUUAAGGGUAUAGUUGAUUUAACUAUAGAUACGAUAGAUUAUAUUUAUAUUUUUAUAAUUGAUUUCUUAAGGCCAACUUUAUACAUAUAUUGGAGAUUCGCCUGGUAUAUAAAUUUAAAAAAAAUCAGAAUUUCUCACAUUUCUAGUUGUUUUGGUAGCCGCUUCAAUCAAGCAAUACGAAUGACCAUGUCAACAGCUUUAAAAUGAAGAAGCCACCGUUUCGUUUCUGCUUAAGUAAUUUUUUGCCUCCGCCAUGAUUCUGAAAAUUGGAAAUCACAAUUAAUCACACAAUCCCGGUGCUAUCGAAGGUUUUGCUUACUUUUACUUGUCUGCGGUUGCUGGCCUUUCCCAACAAUUUUUUUUUUACAUUCUACUUCUUCCGUGCCGGGAGCUGCACAUAUCUUAGCAGCAGAAUUAGCCCACUGCACCCGACAGGGAUAGGCCUAACGGAUCGAAAAAAAAAUAAGAACUUCAACCGCAGAAAGAUUCCUUAAAAUGUAAACAUCAACCACUGAUUGAAUCUAUUACAUUUAUAGUUGAAUGUGUAGAAUCAAUCAUACGAUUGAAGUUCAAUCCAUCAUAUUUACAGUUCAAUCAAUUAAACUAUUAUAGUUGAAUCUAUUCUAUUUAUAGUUGAUUGCAAGAGGUCAAUCAACAGUUUUUGGUUGAAUCUAUCACAUUUAUAGUCGAAUCAAUUAUACCAUUAUAGUUGAAUCUCUUAUAUUUAUGGUUAAUUGCAGAAGGUCAAUCAGCAGCUUGUAUUUGAAUCUAUUACAUUUAUAGACGAAUCUCUGAAUUCAAAUAAACAAUUGUAGUUAAAUCUAUCAUAUUUAUAGUUGAAUGAAUUAUACUAUUAUAGUUGAAUCUAUAAUAUUCCUAGUUGGUUACAAAGGAUCAAUAUGCAGUAUAAAGUUGAAUCUAUUUAAUUUGUAAUUGAAUUCGAAAUAAUCAACUACACUUUGAUGAUUGAUAUAAACUUCUGAAAUAAUUGGAAAAACUCGUCUUUUUUCGCCGUGAAUGAAAAUCAAUGUCAAUUAAAUUGAAUUAAAUUUAUUUGCUUCUUAUCACGAUCAGUCGACAUAAGAAACAUGUUAACUGUAAUUGAAACAAAAAGUAAAAAUAUUCUCAAUGAAUUGCACAAGGUCUUACGGCACAGUUAACUUCGGUUUCUGAAUUCCCAAAAUAUUACAUACAAGAUAAAUAAUUUACCGUGCUCUAUACCCUAUAGCGUUGGCACCGCACGUAGGAAGCUCCUGCUGCUCAAUGUGCCGGAACUUCUCUCGAACCACUUUUCGACCUGCCUAAGAGUAUAUUUUCAAUCAGCGAGAAUCCAAUUUUCAUAACCAUGACUUACCUUUUUCUUUCGAUCUUCAAUUACGCUUAAAUUGCUCCAUCCGUAGCGUCGUAGCGAGCCACAACAAUCAGAAAUUUUAUAGUAGAGUUUGACAAUUUUCUUAUAAGAAUUCUUACAAGAACACGUUUGUAAAGAACUGUUCCAGAUGGACUUCAAGUCAUCCACUUCAACUUUAAAUACGUGAAGUUACGCUCUUUAAAGAAGUCACUACACAACACACGUAGAAUCGAUGGGAUGCAACAAAAUCUUAGUUUACGUGAAAAAUCCCGUAUAUUUAGUUUCUAAAUUAUUUUGCGUGUACGGACAACCGCUAACAAGAAACAUGAACAAGAAAAUCCUACUCUUCAACAUUUGAAUAGUUGAAUGGGACGGCGAUUUGAUUAUCCAACACUGGAAGACUGUACAGAUUGUUAAAUUCAGUUGGUCUAUUUCGAAAGACAAAAAAAUAAAAUUUUCAAAAUUGUCAAAAAUGUUCAAAAAUAGUCAAAUUCCACAUACGAAAUUAAAGAAAAUUUCUAACAGCCAUCGUGCUACAAUUCAAAGUUGAAGAAUGCAAAAAACGUAACAUCCACGUGUUACUCAAAAGCUUGAUUCAGGUGACAUCAGCCCGUAGCAGAGCGCACUUAGCAAAAAUUAAGAUUAAUAAUAGGUAUUAUACAAGGCAUAAAAAAAAGAAAUAUUCAACAAACGAAAUCACUAACAUAAAACUAAAGACAGGUGAAAACUGGAUGAGCUGUUGCUGUUUUGCAAACAAUGAACAACAAAGAAAAACAAACAUACAAAAGAAACAAACAACAGGAGACAACACAGAGAUCAAGUUGUUUAAAAAAUCAGACACUUGAUCAAGAGCUGUCGCUUGGUUGGUUAAAAUUCGAAGACAAUAUAUUUAUUAAAUAAAUAGUAAUGAUAAUGCUAAAUAUAGUUAUAAUAGAAUACAGAUCUCACAAUAACACUCUAAAAGUAAACAAAAAUGUAUUUACUAACAUAUCAAGAAUACUAUGUAACUGACAGAAACAAGCAAAAUCAAAACAAAACUUCGUGGUAAAACCAGACACUCGUGAAACCAAAAAAUAAACAAAAACAAACUCAGAUCUAUAGCUAUGGUUUUCCGGAAUCAAAAGUCCAUGAUGUUUAGAUAUUGCAGCAGAACAAACACUCAUAAAAUGUAUACAAAUCUACGCUCACUAGCAGAAAAGAUGCACUAUUUGAAGGAUACACACAAACAGAUAGCAGUUGCUGGGCUGUUUCCACAGCGACAAAAAAAAACAACAACAACACAACAGAACACAAUCUAUCAACCGAAUUCAAGUGGUCGAAACUUGUUUACAAACAAAACAAACCGAGGCGAAUGAGAAAAAUGCGCAGUGUCUACUGCAACUGCCAUUUGAAUUCGAGUAGCAUAACGAGCACACUUCCACACACACACACACAAACACGAAAAAACGUUCCGCUCCGCUGCUUGCCCGUAGACGGCUUACAUAUCAGUGUAAACAUUGAUUGUUUUGAAACCUAAGCACUUGGCGUUUAUGUGUAAGUGUUAGAUUUUAUCCAAUACUAUGGACAUUUCGAAAUCCGUAACACACGAAUGGAAUUAUGACAAUAAAUAAGAGGAACCAUAAAUUUUGUACUGUGUUUUUGUAUGAAAAUCUUCGCGAUUGGCGUUUUCAAUUUGUGGAAACAUUUUAUCCCGAGAGAUACAGAUAUACGCUUUUGUGUUGUCAAUGUUUUGAUUUUGUUUCCGAUCUCACGACGUUACACGAUGGAUGCGAACGUGUUUGAAUCACAUCAAACCAAAUAAGCAAUAGACGUUGACAAUAUAUAUAUUUCGAGAAGUGUCUGUCAAACAUAAUGGAGAAAAUACAGCUCUUGCUCGCGUAAGGAAAACAUCAGUAACAAAAUCCAAUUACACAAAAUAUGUGUGGGAAAACAUUGAAGAAAAACAACACAAUAUACACGUUUUUACUUUUAUGACGCUGUUUCCUUGGCAACCGUUCGAAUGUAUUGGUUUUCAUUUGCUAUCCAGUUAAUUUUUCGAAUUUCAAAUGGUAGUUCUAUGGUAAAUGCACACUGAACUAGUAGCACUCACUUACGCUGGCAAGUGUUUAUCGCAACCACAACUCGGGGCACACCACGUAAGAAAGUUAUAGUCAAUUUUCUGUGUAAAUGCACAACCGACAAAAACAAAACCGAAGCACAUGACAGAAAAGAAAUUUUCUCAAUAACACACAAAACACAAACAAGCAAAUCGACGAAACAGUUCAAAAGUAACAACACUGAAACUUAGACAAACUCACACCCACAGAUCAAUAAACAAACUGCACUUUUUAAUGUAAAAAAAAGUUAGCUGAUAGAAAUCAAAAUAAAGUAGCUAUUUUACUAUCGGAUAAGAAUAUCAAUCUACUGUAGCGCGAAUAACAAAAAAAAAUGAAAAAAAAACACAAACUAAAAGUAAAAGUAAACAGCCUACUGGGGGCUACCUUUACGAGGAAAAUAAACGCGACAGAGAAGCCUCUUCUUCAACUGAUUUGGUGUAUAUUUGACAGCAAGAAGAUAUUAGUUAAUUAAAAAAAAAUGAGAUCUGUAUCAAAUGGCACAGGUAAAUGGUUGAAAGCUACAGCAACAAAAACAAAAAAAAAAGAACAACAAUAACACACUGCAUAUGAGUAUAAAUUUUAAGACAAAAUGUAUAGAUAUGUCACUUAUUAAAUCAGCAAACAAUUGCGUUGCUACACUCUGAACAGAUACCGAUAAAAUACAUUAAAACCAAAAAACGGAGAUAAAAGGUAUUGUUUUGACACAAAAUACAACAA